CCUUUUAUCCCCUAUAUCUCUAAAACUAUUUGAGCUAAUAAUAUUAUUUGUUGUGUAGGCUGCGGGAGUUACUAUUGCUAACUGGGCGGCUGUAGAACCGACAAAAGAAGCUAUGAAGUAUGCAGUUGCUUACCAGCCUGUUGUGGCAUCUAUCUACACUAACAGCAAAUUUAGGAGAUACAGCAAGGGUUUUCUUGAAGUUCCUCGCAAUCCUAGUCCAGUUAACCACUCUGUGCUUCUACUCGGAUAUGGUGAGUGUCCACUACAGGGCGAAUGCUGGAUCGGCAUAAGUUCGUACCGAAACCAAAGGCGAUGGGGCAUAACAUGGCGGGGCCAGUACCGUAACAUCUUCUUUCUACCGAGGAACACGUGUCAUGUGGAGGGGGCUCUCAGAGUCCUAACCAAUGUUGUUCUUCCCCUGGGAGCUUCUAUGGUUCCUAAGGUUAAAACUCGAAGUGAGAGCUGCCCUGCCUGUUUCAAGUAGGUGGGCUUACGGUGGACUGCUAAUGCUGCUGGUGGCUCGUCACACUCCAAUGUUUCUAUUGGUUUGAGUUCUGUUUGGAAUCUGUGCUACCUGCUUCAAUUGGCUCGAGCUCUUUUUGCUGAUUUGUGAUACGAUGUUUCUGUUUGGAGUCUGAGCUACCAGUUCAAUUGGCUCCGUGCUCUUUUUGAUCAACUUAUGAUCCGAUGCUGCACUUAGACCAUCGUGUCUCAAGUCAUGUAUUACCUCCGUACCAAAUUACUACUCCCUCCAUUCCAUAAUGUAAGACGUUUUUUGACACUA